AUGAUCGAGAUCGAUGACGACAAGAAGCUCUACCCUCUUUUCGACAAGAGGAUGGCUCAGGAGGUCCCAGGCGACACCUUGGGCGAUGAGUUCAAGGGCUACGUCUUCCGAAUUGGCGGCGGCAAUGACAAGCAGGGCUUCCCCAUGAAGCAGGGCGUCCUCAGCAACAACCGUGUCAGGCUGCUCUUCAAGAAGGGCAUGUCCUGCUACCGGGAGCGCCGGGGCGGAUGCCGAAAGAGGAAGUCUGUCAGGGGGUGCGUGGUCGGCCCCGAUCUGGCAGUUCUGAGCCUGGUCAUUGUGAAGAAGGGUGCCGAGGAUAUCGCUGGGUUGACGGACGACCAGAAGCCUCGACGACUAGGACCCAAGCGAGCCAGCAAUAUCAGAAAGCUCUUCGGUUUGGAGAAGAAGGAUGAUGUCCGACAGUUCGUUGUGCGGCGCGAGGUGAAGGAGGGAAAGAAGACCAAGGCACCGAAGAUUCAGCGACUCAUCACGCCGUCCCUCUUGCAGCGGAAGCGCUACUUCAAGGCCGUCGUGCGCAAGCGCAUGGAGGCCGGCAAGCAGAUGAAGGCUGACUAUGCCCAGCGGCUCGCAGAGUACAACCACGAGAAGCGGGAGGCGCAUGCAACAGAGAUGGCCAAGAAGAAGAAGAAGCAG